UCAGAGCAAUAUUUAUUAAUGUGUGUGUUUAUGUGUUGUCAAAGCACAAGCAGCAAAAUAAUAUUAUUUUGUAAAAGUUUAAAAGCUUAUAUUUAUUAUAUUUUAUGUACCAUAUUAACACUACUAUCUACUGUAAUGUUUUAACAUUAUUUCACCACACAAAUUAUAAAGAUAUACCUACUUAAGUUAGAGUAGAGUUUAUGAAUUUAUGAUAGAGUGAAAAAACAUUAAUACUAAUUAACGUAUAUUACGAUGGAUAAGCGGGGCAAAAGACACCAUUCGUCGUCUGAUUCUGAUAGUGUUGAAGAAAGUCGCCUUAAGGACUUAAAAGAACGAGAUGAGUUUACCAAAAGAUUACGAAAACGUGAUGAAGAAAAGGUCAAGAAAGUAACUGAAGUUACCAGUAAGAGAUCGUAUGAAGAAGCAGCAAAGCGGCUCAAAUUAGAAGCAGAAGAUAGAGACAAAAUUUUACCAAAACUUCGUAUUCAAUCGCGAAGAAAAUAUUUACAAAAAAGAAAAGACGAUAAAGUUGUUGAACUUGAAGAUGAUAUUGCUGAUGAUGAAUACCUUUUUGAUGAAAGCGUACUUACAGAAAGAGAGAAGAAAGAUAGAGAGCACAAGAAAACAAUAUUGAAAUUAGCUAAGGAACAUGAGAAGGCACGAGAGCUUGAAAAUAUACAAAGGUAUCAUAUGCCACAAGAUCUUGGCAAAGGGGAAAAAGGUGAAUACAUUGAAGUUGAUGAAAAUGAAAAGUUGCCUCAUUCAGAACAAAGAAAGUGGGAGCAAGAACAAAUUAAGUCUGCAUUCUUUAAAUUUGGUGCAAAAGAUGCAAAAGCUCAAGAUGAAUAUGAAUUACUUCUGGAUGAACAAAUUGACUUUAUACAAGCACUUCAACUUGAAGGUAACAAAGAAAAGAAAGAAGAAAAAGAAGUUUCUGAGUUUCAAAAAAUGAGAAUGACUAUAGAGGAAACAAAAAAAUCACUUCCAGUUUAUCCUUUUAGAGAUUCUCUCAUAGAAGCAAUAAAGAAUUACCAAAUCUUAAUUGUAGAAGGUGAAACAGGAUCUGGCAAAACAACCCAAAUCCCUCAAUACCUUCAUGAAGCUGGCUUUACUGAAGAAGGUAAAAAAAUUGGAUGUACACAGCCAAGGAGGGUUGCAGCUAUGUCUGUUGCUGCUAGAGUUGCCCAGGAGAUGAAUGUCAAACUUGGAAAUGAAGUAGGUUAUAGUAUUCGUUUUGAAGAUUGUACUUCAGACAGAACUGUCAUCAAAUACAUGACAGAUGGUACAUUACACAGAGAAUUUUUGUCUGAACCAGAUCUUGCAUCCUACAGCGUCAUGAUCAUUGAUGAAGCGCAUGAACGUACCUUACAUACUGAUAUUUUAUUUGGUUUGGUUAAAGAUAUAACAAGGUUCAGACCAGAUUUAAAACUUCUCAUAUCCAGUGCUACAUUAGAUGCUGAGAAAUUUUCGUCCUUUUUUGACGAAGCACCUAUAUUUAGAAUCCCAGGCCGGAGAUUCCCUGUUGAUAUCUAUUAUACAAAAGCACCUGAAGCAGAUUACAUUGAUGCCUGUGUAGUCUCAGUUUUACAAAUACAUGCAACACAACCAUUAGGAGAUAUUUUAGUAUUCCUUACUGGCCAAGAAGAAAUUGAGACAUGUGUUGAGAUGUUGCAAGAGAGAACAAAAAGGUUGGGUAAAAAGCUAAAAGAACUUGUAAUACUACCUGUUUAUGCAAAUUUACCUAGUGACAUGCAAGCAAAGAUAUUUGAACCAACUCCUGAAGGUGCACGAAAAGUGGUACUUGCUACUAAUAUAGCGGAGACAUCACUUACUAUUGACAAUAUUAUUUAUGUUAUUGACCCUGGAUUUGCUAAGCAAAAUAAUUUUAAUUCUAAAACUGGUAUGGAAAGUUUAAUGGUUGUACCUAUUUCUAAAGCUUCAGCUAAUCAGAGAGCUGGCAGAGCAGGGCGAGUGGCUCCAGGAAAAUGUUUCAGACUGUAUACUGCUUGGGCAUACAAGUAUGAACUUGAAGAUAACACUGUACCAGAAAUACAGAGAAUAAAUUUAGGAAAUGCAGUGCUUACAUUGAAAGCUUUGGGAAUCAAUGACUUAAUACAUUUUGACUUCCUUGAUCCUCCUCCUCAUGAGACCUUAGUGUUAGCUUUGGAACAGCUAUAUGCUCUUGGUGCUUUGAAUCAUCAUGGAGAGUUAACUAAAGCAGGACGACGAAUGGCUGAGUUUCCAACAGACCCCAUGCUUGCGAAAAUGCUGUUAGCUAGUGAAAAGUAUAAAUGUUCAGAAGAAAUUGUAACUAUAGCAGCCAUGCUGUCAGUAAAUAGUUCAGUGUUUUAUAGACCAAAAGAUAAAAUAAUCCAUGCAGAUACAGCUAGGAAAAACUUUUUCCAUGGCAGUGGGGAUCAUUUAACACUGAUGAAUGUGUAUAACCAAUGGGUUGAAUCUGAAUAUUCUGUACAAUGGUGUUAUGAAAAUUUUAUUCAAUAUAGGUCAAUGAAGCGUGCACGUGAUGUGCGAGACCAACUUGCUGGACUAAUGGAUCGAGUUGAGAUAGAAAUGGUAUCCAGUUUAGCGGAGGAUGCUAAUAUUCGUAAGGCCAUCACUGCAGGAUACUUUUAUCAUAUAGCAAAAUUUUCCAAAGGUGGCCACUAUAAAACUGUUAAACAUAACCAAACUGUAAUGAUUCAUCCAAACAGUGCCUUAUUUGAAGAACUGCCAAGAUGGGUCAUAUACCAUGAACUAGUAUUUACAUCUAAAGAAUUUAUGAGACAAGUAACAGAGAUUGAAAGUAAAUGGCUCUUAGAAGUUGCACCUCAUUACUAUAAAGCUAGAGAAUUAGAAGAUUCAACAAACAAGAAAAUGCCAAAAACUAUUGGAAAAUCUGCCACUAAACAAUAAAAUACAUAUGAAAAA